GCUUUAGCAAGUUAAUGGGUUUAAGAAAGUGAACGGUACGGGAAAUAUGAGCGGCAGGCUUAUGUGAGGGUUGUAUGUAGGAAAUCUGCGAUAUUUGGGUACGUAGAUGUAGGGAGGUUAAACGGGAACGUUGGUUAUAAAGAGGCAAUAGGCUGGAUAGAGAGGAAGCCAUUUAAUGGUGCUAGGUGUCGGGGACCCCUCGGGUGUAGGGAUUGAUAUCGGGUCUCAGAAAGCAACGCGAUGAAGCAAACACCCGGCUACCAUAACCUGGCCAGGCUGGCUGUGAUCCAGCAUCUCCGCACCUACGGGAUCAAAAUCAAACACUGGAACAGCAAGCAGCGCCCGGAGGCAGGGAAAGGCUCCACGGGGGACCCUGUCACCGGCAAAGUCUUUGGGAUGCCGCUCCAUACGCUGCCGCAGCUUUACGUUGAGGACUAUGGUAACGUUCCCGUAUUCCUUGUUGAUGUUUGUAGAUACCUUAAACAGCACGUCCAUACAGAAGGUCUUUUCAGGAAGUCUGGAUCUGUCGUUCGACAGAAACAACUGAAAACCAAACUAGAUCAGGGUGAUAGCAGCUUGUCUGGUGUGCCUCCAUGUGAUGUUGCUGGCAUCCUCAAGCAGUUCUUCAGAGAAUUACCAGAGCCUGUACUGCAAACCGAUCUUCAGGAUGCUUUGUGUAAAGCUCAGCAGCUGCCCAACGAUGAGGAGAAGACUUCUGCUACAAUUCUCAUCUCGUGUCUCAUGCCUGACAGAACGAUUCACGUCUUGCGUUACUUUUUUAGCUUUCUGCAUGCAGUGUCCUUGAGAUCUGAUGCAAACAAGAUGGACAGCAGUAACCUGGCCGUGAUAUUUGCACCUAAUCUGCUGCAGUCAAAUGAUGACAAUGAGAAGAUCUCUGCAAACACAGAAAAGAAACUUCGUCUACAAGCCGGUGUCGUCCAGACCCUGAUAAAUCAGGCAGCCGAUAUCGGCUGUGUGCCUACCUUUCUGUUGGAGAGGAUCCCGGGAAUGCUGGGAGUUGAUGGCUGUGCUGGUACACCUGGGCCAGAUGCAUCACAGGAAGGUGAAGUGGAUUCUCUUGGAGAGAAGAAGAGGCGACGGCGAAGUGUUGGAGAUUUUGUUAGUGGCACGUUGAAUAAACUUAUAACUAACAGAACACCCUUCUCUACACCCCAGACAGACAGGACGGGCUUGGCUUCAAUGGUGACACCGUUGGUCCUGACCCCUAGCAGCAAGAGGAAACUACCAGCCGAUUCUGUGCAAGGGUUUUCAAACAAGAAGAGAAAAUCCAUUAAACAUAACCUCGCCUUUGAGUUGUUACCGAACAGUCUUUUUGGAAGCAGCUCUACACCCGGCUCAGCUCGCUGUGAUGAUAGCACACCCACGUCUGAGUCGCUGCAAAGCGUGCCCUCGCCCUCCGUCCCCAGUUCAAGUGCCCUGAGGCGAAGCAAGCGAUCCGAGAACCGAAAAGUGCAAAGAGUGGAGUCGGGAAAAACUGGCUGCUUCUCUCCCAAGAUAACUCGAAAGGAAAUGGUGCGCCGCUCGCUUAGACUCAGGUUCAGUUUGGGCAAGAGUAGUAAAGAUGUGAGCGCAUUGAGUGGGCUUCCCUCUAACUCCCUAUCCCAAAACAUUGGCUGGCGACUUGCAAACUCGCAAGAGUUGACCCCUGGUCCUCUAAACAAAGAGAAUGUUUCUUCUCCCAUGGAAAGCCCAUUUGUAAGUGCAGGUUCCAAGAAAAUAAGCAAGUCUGAAGAAAACCUACUAUCUCCCAAAAUAUCUGACGGAUCAAAUCACCGUAUGUCAUGGACCGGUCCGCGGCCUGUCAGUUUUGAGGACGUGUGUGAUGAGGCCACGUCCGAAGUAGGGCAGCUGUUCUCUUCAAACUGUUUGUCUGAGCCCGUUCUUGGAUCUGGAAAACCCCCAGCCAUGCCAAAAGACCAGAAAUCAUCCAUUAGGAGCUACCUCAAAGAUCAGAAUCCAAACAACGAUUCUCUCUGUGAGGAAGAAGCAAGCCUGGCAGAAAACACGGUGCUUAGAAUCACAAAGGCCUUUACGGAGUCUGGAAGUGACUUACGCAAGGUGCUGGCAAACGGGACGUAUUCCGAUUUUUCUGUGAAGAACAGUGAAGUCGAUAAUGUUCUAAUGACUUCACAAGAUGAAACGAAUGUAUUCUUAGAGCACAAACCCAUUGAAGUACAUUCUAAAGAUGAAACGGUCUGCUUCGUGGAUAAACAUUCUGAAAAUAGUUUAGCUUUGGAACAGUCUGAUGCUUCUAAGAAGGUUGAGGAUACAGACCUGAUGCACAGCCAAAAAUUGGGCUGUAAUGAAAUUGUUCAACCUGCCGUGUCUGAAGUUAGUAGUGAAUCUUCUCUUUCCACUGCUGCCCAAGAAGGAGGUUUGGCUGAAAUGCAGCAAGAGUUGUUUCCGUGCCAAAACAGGAGUUCCUCUGAAUCGUCGGACACAGAAGAGACUUCAGGAUACUCCACGAAAGACUGUCAUGCUGCUUCAUCAGCAUUGCGUCGAUCGAGCCGAGUGUCGGAUCACAUACAGCACUUCAACAAGCUCUGUCUGAGUGAUCGCAGCUCUAUGCAAAAACUGAAGUCGCCCAUCAAGUUUCAGCGGACCCCGGUACGGCAGUCUGUCCGGAGAAUUAACUCUCUCUCAGAGAUGCGAGAACUAAGCACAAAAGCCAAGCAAGUCGCGAAUAACUUGCCUAUGAUGAAAUCUGUUAGCUGUGACGGCUCGGUGUCUUCGGAACGAUCCCUCAGGCGUCCCAGUUGUGCACCCUUGCCUGUGGCUUCUCGGCAAGUCCUGUUCCCUCGUGAUCACCUUACUGCCGCUGCUUCCCCUACAGAAGCCAGUUCCAGGGUUUCCAGGCAGUCGCUCAAGAACAGUCCGUGUCGUGCAAAGUCUGUAUUGGAAGACUUAACCAAUCAGGAUAGAUCAAACAAAUCCAUUAAGAGAUGUGACCCUUCCAAUAACUCAACUCUGCGUGCCGUAUCUGGGAGAGAACGACUCCGUUACAAAGGCUCUCCAAGGAAUCCCAUUACGAGGGUGACGUUCUUGCCCUCUACCAAGCCUUUGGAGUUGUAAGCAACCCAAAUAAACUCGUAAAAAAUAUCGCUCGCAUUCUGUUAAUCCAGUUGCUGGGAAAGCGGUUUGUUUACAUGCAAGCAAUCACCUUUCAUGCCUGAGCCCCUUUUUUGUAUUCAUCUCUCCUUAAAAGCACCUUGAACAUAAC